AAAAAUUCCCAAAAAUUAAGAUUAGCGUGCGGGUAUGAAAAAAUAGAAAUAUUUUUUCAAAAUAAACAAAGAGCUGUUUUACUGCUGUUGACCUUAAAAAAAAGAAACAAACAAACAAUAAAACUUUUUACAUAAGGGUAAAGGGAACAGGCCAUGUGAAGCAGCACCACUAACCGAUGGAGAGCUUGAAGUCAUGUGGCAGAAAGGUGUCCUUGGAUCUCACAGCCCAACAGCGCUGGUGAACACUCUUUGGCUCAACAACUGUCUGCACUUUGGCCUAAGAGGCACUAAAGAGCAGUACAAUCUGAGAUGGGGUGACAUUACAUUGAAAGCUGCUGUUGAUGGAACAGAAUAUUUGGACUAUAACGAACGGCAGACAAAAACCAGAACGGGUGAAGAUGUGGCAGAUGUGCGAAGAGUGACACACAAGAUGUUUUCAACUGGAAAUAAUGAUUUGAGAAACCCUGUUGAAAUUUAUAAACUGUAUGCACAGAAGCGGCCCACUGGUUUUUCGGGACCCGAAGACCCUUUCUUUUUGGCACCGAACACAGUUUUUGGAAAAGAUGUUUCCGGGAAUAGCGGUGAGGGAGAGGUGACUUGGUUUAUCAGACAAAGGGUUGGGAUGAACAAAAUGGGAAAAAUGUUGAAAAAACAAUGGCAAAUGAUGCUGGAUUACAAGGGAACAAACGAUUGA